GUGUUUUUGUGUCACGAGAGCGCAGCGCCAAAAAAAGCCACGUUUUGCUAAAGCUCCGCGUGCGUUCGUUCUACUGCAGAAUCGGAGAGACGUUGAAGUUGAGUUGGGAUCUGUGACGGCUCUUCAUGGCAGUCAGAAGGGGACACGUUAGAUACUUAAAAGAGGUCUAUGACAUGUCGAACGGUUACGAAGAUCACAUGGCCGAUGAGCCUAAAGAUUGCAAAACAAAUCUCAUCAUCAACUACUUGCCUCAGAAUAUGAGCCAAGAUGAGAUGCGUAGUCUCUUCAGCAGCAUUGGGGAGGUGGAGUCUGCUAAACUUAUUCGGGACAAAGUAGCAGGCCACAGUUUAGGGUACGGAUUUGUUAACUAUCUUAACCCUAGUGAUGCAGAAAGAGCAAUCAGUACUCUCAAUGGACUGAGACUACAGUCUAAAACUAUCAAGGUGUCAUAUGCCCGGCCAAGCUCUGACACCAUAAAGGAUGCCAACCUUUACAUCAGUGGGCUGCCUAAAACAAUGACGCAGAAGGACGUCGAAGAAAUGUUUGCACGUUAUGGCAGAAUAAUCAACUCCCGUGUCCUCGUUGAUCAAUCAUCAGGACUCUCUCGUGGUGUGGCUUUUAUUCGAUUUGACAAAAGAGCAGAGGCAGAAGAUGCAAUUAAGGACUUGAAUGGACAGAAGCCGCCAGGGGCUGCAGAGCCAAUCACUGUAAAGUUUGCUGCCAGUCCCAAUCAAGUGAAAAACUCCCAAAUUAUUCCACCUAUUUACCACACACAGCCUCGCCGCUUCGGGGGGCCCGUCCACCACCAGGCUCAGAGAUUCAGGUUCUCUCCAAUGAGUGUGGACCACAUGAGUGGCAUGUCUGGCGUUAACAUGCCUGGAAAUUCCUCGUCAGGCUGGUGUAUUUUCGUCUACAACCUGGGUCAGGAUGCAGAUGAGGGCAUUCUGUGGCAGAUGUUUGGGCCCUUCGGUGCUGUCACAAAUGUCAAAGUAAUCCGCGACUUCAACACCAACAAGUGCAAAGGAUUUGGGUUUGUUACCAUGCCAAACUAUGAAGAGGCAGCCAUGGCUAUCGCCAGCCUCAACGGCUACCGCCUCGGGGACAAGAUUUUACAAGUGUCGUUCAAAACGAGCAAGUCGCACAAGUAGAAAGCAGGGUUGCCAGGAAAAUGAAGGAGAGAGAUGUUGUCUGAGAAGCCAGAGAAACUGGCUCAGUUUUGAAAAAGAAAAACUAUUGUUUUUAGUGUAAUCAAGUCUUUGCAAAUGUUCACAUUUCUAAGUCUCGUGUAGACAUCUGUUUGACAGUUUCUUUUCAUUUCUUUUAAGAUUCAAGCUGUUGGAUGCUUCAAGUGUUUUAGGCGUUCCGGUUUAUCCCAAUAUUUGACCAAUUUUGCAUUUGAUACAAAUUUGUGUCUCUGAUGUUAGCCUGAUAUUGUCGCUAUGUGCCAUAUGUGGUCAGACACCUCAUUCACCAGAAGCUGGAUUUAAAACUCAGAUUUUUUUUGUCUCUUUUGUCAGUAUCUACAUCCUACAUGGCUCUUCAGUAUUUAUGAUGCCUUAAUUUGAUGUCAAUUUUCCUGUUUGCCCUCAAUGUAGCACUUUUUGGUUUGGCAGGAAUCUCACGAUCCAUCUCACAACAGUUCGUUUGUUUAUUGAGAUCUGAGUUUUAAACGCAGCAUGCUGAGUGAUUCAUUGAGAAAAAGACGUAAUUGUAAAGAAAGCAGAGUGUUCAGUGAGGGGGAAAUCUUUAACUGACUUGUUAAUUUUUUGUAAGGGACCCUCUGAUUAGAUUGAUAACUAAGAAGGACCAAAGACAUGAAUGGAAGGUUUAGUUUCCCCCAGCAGAGGUGCAGGUCGCACAUCCCUGAGCAUAUUCCAAAAAGAUUCGGACAUCUGAAUACUAGGUACUUAGUAUUUAUGUAAAAAUGUAAUAACAUUUGAGCAUCAGCAUCCUAUGUUUAUGAUUUGCGUUUUCUUUCAUUUUGUUUCUUUAGGCUAAAACAUACUUUAAGUUUAGUUUGGUCAAUUGAAAAUAGAUAUCCAGUACUAAUGCAUAUGCUUUUUAAGACUGCCUUGUGAUAUUUUUGUGUUUUGUUCUUUUCUUUUUUGCUUUUGUGUUCCUUUUGAAAUCUUUCGUUUUGUUUCACAUGGCAUUUACAAUCAUUAAAUUUUAUUUUGUUUUGCUCAA